AUGAGCACUCGUGCGCCUCUUCGCGGAUCCUGCUUAUGUGGUCGCAAUCAGUACUCGAUUGACAUCCCAGAAAAUGUGACAGACCACGCUCAUAUAUAUUUUGACAGCAGCCGGGAUCACCGAAAAUCAUAUGGAUCACCUCUCACGGCAUGGCUGCGAGUUCCCCUGAGCUGGUAUCAAUCUCACACCGAGUCUUACUUUCCUGACGAAACCCAUGCCACCAUCCGUCGGGUCUUUACCCCUCGUCAUGCGCCUCACACACAGCGCAUCUUCUGCGGAUACUGCGGCACUCCGCUCACCUACUGGAGCGAGAGUCCCCAAGAGGAGGCGGACUAUAUGUCUGUGACGAUUGGUAGUCUGUACGGCGAGGAUCAACGCAUGCUGGAGGACCUCAACCUUCUUCCGGAAUCAUCGGAUGAAGGCGGAGAAGCCGAGGAAGAGGAUGGAGAAGCGGAAGAGAAAGAGGAAAAGAAAGGUGUGACUGUAAGUCCAGCUGAGCAUACGCAAGCAUUAUCCACCCAAGCAACAGUUGUUGUGCCUUCGUCGGCUCGCGGGCCUGCCCUGACUCGGAGCUAUCGACGGGGCACGACGCGGGGUAUCCCGUGGUUUGAGGAGAUGAUUGAGGGGAGUCGGCUGGGCCGCCUAAUGAAGAAGAGGCGCGGUGUAGGGGUUAGUGGUGACAACUCGACGACAAUAGAAUGGGAAGUGACUGAGUGGGGGGACGAGGAUCCCAGCGAAGAAACGCAGACCGGGUCAACUGAGGCGCGAGCAGCCGUGAAACGGAAAAGAGGACAUUACAUCGACACGGAGGGACCUGGAUCGGCCGCGAAACAAAUGUGA